CGAAAACAGACUUGAAAACAAGCGCAGAGGAAUGUGUGACUGGAUUGGCCGGCUGGCUCUGGUGUCGUCGGCCGCGAGUGGGGUGGUAUAAAAAGUCAGGGCCCCCCAUGCCUCCUGCUAGGACAAAUGCAACACACAAGACUGGACAGACUAGCACACCACUGGUGGAGUGAAACAUCACAACUUUGACAACAAGGUCAGUCAGUCACCUUCCCCCAAGACAGCCUGGCAAUAUGGAUAUCUCGCUAAUGUCCAACUCCAUGGAGAGCCUGGAGAAGCAGCUGAGCUGCCCCAUCUGCCUGGACAUGUUCACCAAGCCCGUGGUGAUCCUGCCCUGCCAGCAUAACCUGUGCCGCGGCUGCGCGAGCGACCUCUACGACUCCCGCAACCCGUACCGCUUCUCCGGCGGCGUCUUCCGCUGCCCGACCUGCCGCUUCGAGGUGGUGCUGGACCGCCACGGCGUGCACGGCCUGCAGCGCAACCUGCUGGUGGAGAACAUCAUUGACAUCUACAAGCAGCAGCAGGAGGGCGGAGGAACCGGCGGAAGUGAGAGCAGCAGCAGCACCACGGCGCCCGAGACCACCGCCAAGCCCAAGGCGGGCAAGGAACCCAUGUGCCAGGAGCACGAGGAGGAGCGUAUCAACAUCUACUGCAUCACCUGCCAGGUGCCCACCUGCUCCAUGUGCAAGGUGUUCGGCCAGCACAAGGACUGCGAAGUGUCGCCGCUUGCCAGCGUCUACCAGGCCCAGAAGGCGGAGCUCAGCAACGCCAUCGACGCGCUGGUGGCCGGCAACGGGCGCUUGCAGGCCCUGCUCAACCAGAUGGAGGAGGCGUGCACGGCCGUGCAGGACAACUCGCAGCGGGCCAAGCAGAACCUCGGCGAGCGCUUCGACGGUCUGUACGCCGUGCUGGAGGACCGCAAGGCCACGCUGCUGGACCGCAUCGGCAAGGAGCAGGACGAGAAGGUGGCGUCGCUGAGGGGUCUAGCUGGGCGCUACGGGGACCGACUACAGGCUGGAUCGGAGCUGACUGACUCGGCCGUCCAGCUGUUGGAGCACAGUGGUGCCGCGGAGUUCCUGCAAGCCUCCAAAGGGAUCAUCUCGCAGACCAAGGAGGCAGCCAAGGGCUCGCUGAGCGAGGAGAGGCCCGAGCCGGGAUUCGAGCGCAUGGACCACUUCACUCUCAACACAGAGCAGGUGGAGACCCUGCUAGGCAAGAUGGACUUUGGGCCGGAGGACGAAGACUUUGAAGACGCGGAAGGGGACGAGGAGGAGUGAAUGUAGUAUUGCUAGGCUAGGCUACUGCUACGGCUAUACUACUACUCCAGGACUUUUUGUAGCUUUUUUGAGUUGUGGGACGAGAAGUGAAUGUAGACUUACUACUACUACGCAAGGACUUUGUAGAUAUCGUAAGGGCGAGAUGUGAAUGUUAAGUUAAGUUUCUCUUAACUUACUACUAAUACACAAGAACUUUCUAGCUUUUGUGAGGCGAUGUUGGAUGAGGAGUGACUGUACGUAGGGUUGCUACCACUCAAGGACUUUCUAGCUUUUGGAGUAUUUUUUUGUUUCUUUGUUUUUUUGAAAGUGAAUUUACAAAUGGAGAUAGUGGAGUAGAGAUGUGCCAACACCAACAACUUGACUUGCCAAGGUGCUUUGGAUAGUAUUUUUAUACAGAUUAUAUGGAAUGUAGUAGCUGAAAUGUGCUUUUUGUAACAGGUUUUUUUGUAUUUCCAAUUUCCAUCACCGUGUUCACUCCCAUCUGUCUAAUGGGCUGGAAGUCGUCUGUUUAUAUUUGGGAUGAUUUGUUUUCUUUUCCUUUCCUUUUCUUCCACAGCAGAAGCUGUGAUGUGAAUGUAGUGAAUGUGUAAUGAGAAGUGCAAAGGGCACCAUUGAACUAUUUGUCUAAAUGUCAUUCGUUUCCAGCUGGCCAUUAAACACCAUUUGAAUAAUAAAACCAAAUGUUUU